GCGAGAGGCCGAGCAGGGGAGGCUGCGGGCGGCGGAGGAGCGGAAGCUCUGCUGGGGCGGCUGGCCCGGAACGGUCGGGGGCCCGGAACGGUCGGCCUGCAGCGGCCGUGAGCCCGGGGGGAGGAGUCGCCUGAAGGCGGGAGGUCGGGGUUCCGGAUCCCCGCGCUUCCCUGCUGCAGUCGGCAGGUGAGCGCGGCCGGACGUGGAUCUAAAGGCGGUUUAUUUCCGUGGAAUGAUGAAAGGGAUGUAGGUUUCAGGAACGGUUUUAAUAAGCAAUGUUAAAAAAAAAAAAAAAGAACGUUCAGUACUCUGGGAAACGUUCCGAAUUGUUACCUGGGAGGAUAAAAUCGAGGAGGUGAUCCUGGAAAAAAAAAACAUCCAGAUGUGCCUGUCGUCUCCCAGGUUCAUCGCGGCCGUCGAGAUGUUCAGAGAACCGAAGGGCAGGGCUAAGUGAACCAGAAGCGGAUUUCACUUGUGCAGUGCGGGUAACGCUUCACGAAGAAGUUCCCCGACAGAUAAAAGCUCUGACGUUCUGUGUUGUUACGAUGAUGAUGUCCUACGGAAGCAGCAGCAGCAGCAGCAGGCGUCUUGAUCUUCUGGGAAGUAUGAGCUUGCAGCAGGGGAAUGUGUGAGAGCGAAGGGAAGAACGUGAAGAAAAGAAAGAGCCUGGGGCACACCAGCCUGCCUUAGAUCAUAAAGGCCACUGAAGGUUGGUGGGUUUCAGAUUCUGGGACACAAUCCAGUGUCCCAGCACCACCGGCUGCAGCUGUGUUCGUGCAGGCUGUGCCUCUCGUGCAGGAACGCCAGGCAGGGACUCCUUCCUCAAGCCUCAUGGUCCUGGGUGAAAGGGCAGGAGAGAGGGGAAGGCCUGGCAGUCCAGAGGAAGAGCUGGCUUGUCCCAAUGUGCCCACGAUGUCCUGAAUCCUCAAGGUGGCCGUGAUGUUUCCACACCACAGUCAUUAGAGUUCAGUGAAACGGAUUCCUGGACCACCACUCUCCACGCACCAAGCACACAGGCCUGUGCUGUUUUUCUCAGGACUCAGCACUGCCCCCACACUAGGCUCAGCAGCGUGCUCUCACCAAGCCUUCGUAGCCAUUCCCAGCCAGGAGCAACAGCAGUAGGGUGCAGAAGUAGCACUCGUCUCAAAGCAAGAAGGAACUUGCAAAAAACGGAAGGACAGAGAUUGAUAUGCCUCUAAGGUAAAAACCAGUGAAAAGAAAUCGAAGAUCACAUUCUCCAUCUAUCAAGCACUAUGUCUCGCCCUGCACACAGAAGACCAGAAUACCAUAAAAUCAACAAAGAUCUCUUUGUCCUCACCUAUGGAGCACUGGUUGCCCAACUGUGCAAAGAUUAUGAAAAAGACGAAGAUGUGAAUAAAUAUCUAGAUAAAAUGGGAUAUGGCAUUGGAACACGGCUGGUGGAAGACUUUUUGGCUCGAUCUUGUGUAAGAAGAUGCCAUAGUUAUUCAGAAAUUAUAGACAUAAUUGCCCAGCUUGGCCUUCUUCAGAACUUGGACCUUCAGGUUGCCUUUAAGAUGUACUUGGGGAUUACACCCAGUGUGACCUGUAACAAUUCAAGCAGAACUGAAUUUUCCCUGAUCCUAGACAAGAAUCCGCUGGUGGAGUUUGUGGAAGAGCUCCCUGCCGGGCGAUCCUCUCUGUGCUACUGCAAUUUACUCUGUGGGAUUAUCAGAGGUGCCCUGGAAAUGGUUCAUUUGGCUGCUGAUGUUACAUUCUUGCAAGACACACUGAAAGGCGACCGUGUGACAGAAAUAGGAAUAACAUUUCUGAAAAAGCUAGAUGAGAAAAAAUACAGACGGAAAAAAUGAAGAAUUGCAUGCAAAAUGCCACAGGGUGGCCAGUUGAGGAGUAAUAUUAUCUAAAUAUAUAGAGCCAUAGAAAUUUUGAAUUGUUUAAUAAUGGCAUGGGCUUUAAAUGGUUUAUAUAUCAGUCAGAAAUUUGAAGUGCAGAGCACUAGGAUUUAAGGCUGUUUUUUUUCCUUUGCUUAUAGAUUACACGUUUUCAAUCUUAUUUCCAUAAGAUUUCAUAUACAAAUAAGAUAGCAUACAUGAAUUCCACAUAUCAUAUGUGCAUCCUAACAGAGUCCACUUAUUUCAUUUAUUUAUGAUAAUGAAAAACAAAGCAUACCAACUGCACAGUUGGUAUAUUUAUCCAUUCUUAUUGGAAAAAUAGAUGAAAUGAUACAAUAUAGAGUUCACUAUAUGUAGACAACUUCUAGAUACCAUAUAUUACAUUCUCUAUAGAAAUAGUGCCAUUUAUAACACUUUUCCAUAUUUUUGAGUAACUAUGGAUAUGAUUUCUCUUAUAUAUUGGCUCGGGUUAUCACUUCAGCCUCCUAAAGCUGCUCUCCCUUGAUUUAUAACUACCAAGGCAAGCUGUUUAUUUGUAUGCUAAUUCUGAAAUAUUUUAAAAUAGUAUUUAAUUUUAAUUCAUGUAAAUUUUAGAUAAUAUUGACCAAAUGUCUUCCUUUUCUUAUGAAACAUUGCUGAUGGGCAGGCCAGGAAACCUCUAAAAUGAGAGGUAAAUAAUAUUUUUUGAAAAUACUUUCUUACCCCAAAGCUUAUUCAGUUAGAAUUUCUGCUAUCAUUUUUUAUUCCCUAAAAAACCUUACAAAGCAUAGUUUGUGACCAGAACAUAUUUAAAAUUUAAAAUGUACUGGAUUAAAUAAACAAUAAUCUUUACCAGACCAUCAGCAUACGCAGGUAGCCUCUAUGGCAGUCCAGGAUCUACUGGACUCUGCAGAAAACUGAAAUUCCAAGUACAUUAGAAUUAGUGUGGGUCCAUCAGUUAAAACUAGCAUAAAGGAUAUGAUCGUGGUAGACCUCAACAAGGACUCAGGAGCCUGAAGAGACAGUCCCAGGUCUAUUUCUAGUGGAUUCAGCUGAUCCUAACUAAUGGCUCAUCUCGGGCCAGGCACAUAAAAGAUUACGUGCUCUCUCUCAUCUAUACAAUGACACCAUUGAAUGUGAUAAAUAUCUAAUUAUAUAAAUGGCUUUAAAUGACAUCAGGAACCACUGAAAUUCCAUAUUUUUGGAUUUUGAAGACAUUAGGAAAUUAUUUGUUCCCUACCUACUCAGCUAUCUCUUCAAAAGGACAUCGAGGUUGGUAUUAAGAACCAAAUAGCAUCACUGGGGCAGUUGCAGCAACCAUGGAGGGAACUUCAAACCAGUUCCACAGAAGACCAAGAGUAGAGUCUCGAAGAAGACUACUACCUGACGUCAGAAGGGAUAUCACAAUGCCAUGUAUUUUAAACUGAUGCCUCCAGAAGAAUGUUUGCCUGCCAUUCAUCCCAAAACUUCUUUUUGGGAUAUUUCCAUCUUCUGUUCCUCUUUCUCCUUUAUAGUACACUCACCCCUCCAGGAACCCAAAAUACUCAUGUCUAAGGGCCUUCCUCUUAAAUCAGUACCCAACUAACCUUUUGUAAAAGUUCCAUGCUCUGGAAUAUUCUCUAACCUGACUAUAUCGUGCUCUCCUUUCUUUCCUGACCCAGCCAUCCAAACUGCCUUGGCGCUCUGUCUUCAUUGCCCACCCACCUGAGGACAGGUGAAUCUGAUGCUCUCAAUGAUGUGGAGUGUCAGAACUGGUGAGGGUUUUGGGAUAAGGCUUGUUCUCCUUCCUCUUUCUUCCCCUCAUCUUAGAGUGGGAGACACCAGUCUUUGGGAUUGAAUUUGUGGUAUGAACAGUGACCUAUUUAACUGAGAGAAUAGUCCUCCCUUAUCCACAGAGGAUAUGUUCCAAGACCCCCAGUGGAUGCCUGAAGCCACAGAUAGUACUAAACCCUAUAUAUACUAUGUUUUUCCUAUAUAUACAUAGCUGCAAUAAAGUUUAAUUUAUAAAUUAGGCACAGUAAGAGAUUUAUAAUAAUAAUAACAAAAUAAAACAAUAACAACAUACUAUAAUAAAAGUUAUAUAAAUGUCGGAUUUCUCUUUUUCAAAAUAUCUUACUGUACUAUACUCACCUUUCUGUGAUGAUGUGUGAUGAUAAAAUGCCUAUAUGAUGAGAUAACAUGAAGUGACUGAUGGAGGCAUUGUCGAUGGAGAGUUAGGUUACUAUGGACCUUCUGACCAGAAGUCAGAAGGAGAAUCAUCUGCUUUCAGACUGUGGUUGACUGGAAAGCAAAACUUGCACGUGAGGAGAGACUACUGUAUUCACGAGGUGCUCUAUCCUGAGGAAAGUUAAGAAUCUAAAAAUACUGUUAGAAGUAGAGCCACAUAUAUAAAUUUUCUAAUAGCCACACUCAAAAAGUAAGAAGGAGGGAUGCCUGGGUAGUUCAGUUGGUUGAGCAUCCAGCUUUUGGUUUGGCUCAUGUCAUGAUCUCUCAAGGAUCUCGUGGGAUUGAUCCUUGGUCCAUGCUCAGCACUGAACCUUCUGAUGAUUCUCUUUCUCUCCCUCUGCCUCCCCCUGCUCUCUCUCUCUCUUAAAUAAAUAAAUAAAUAAAU